UUUACCUGCUCACAAGAUGGCCACGAAAGGAGAAAAGAAAUUUCACAAAUGGACAAUCGAUUUUACUGGAGCAAAUAGGCUGAAAGGAGAGAAACAGGUUGCAGUUUCACAAUCUUCAGUUCCGGCCCCCUUUGGAUACUUAGAAAAGGCCAGCAAAAAAGAUGAAACCAAAAAAGAAAAAGAAGAUAAUGAACAGUUAAUAAUCAAGAAAUCUUGGGACGUGUCUCUUGCACCGCUGAAGCAGAUUCCGAUGAAUUUCUUCAUCAUGUGGAUGGCAGGCAACACGAUCUCUAUUUUUCCUAUCAUGAUGGUGGGGAUGAUGUUUUUCCGACCAAUACAAGCCCUUAUGUCAGCUUCAAACACUGCUUUCAAGAUGAUAGAAGGAAGGCAGGCCACUCUUCAGAAGUUUGUGUACAUAGUGGGCAAUAUGGUGUCCCUGGGGCUUGCGGUAUACAAGUGUCAAACCAUGGGCCUCCUACCAACCACUGCUUCAGACUGGCUUGCAUUUAUUGACGUGCCAAAGCGGAUUGAAUGGUCCGGUGGUGGGUCAGCCUUGUGAUGACAGUUGCUUUCAUCUUGCAUUGAAGUUUUCACCCCUAUCAUCAUGAGACAUAAGGUUGCCUCCCUUGUCAAGAGGUCUACUGGUGGAUGGUCUCCCUUUACUGUCAAAUUUCUUGACAGUUGAUGAGUUCCGAGAGGGAUCAGUUAUAACAUUUAAAAUUGACACAUCUAAAAAGGAAUCAAAACUUAUAUAAAAAAAAAAAAUGAAAAAAUAAUGACAAAAUUUGUAUAUGGCUUUUAUGAUGUAUUAAUAAACUAUAUUUCUGCUUGUAAUAAAUAUGUCAUAAAAUGUUAAGAACUGAUAAUGAAACUUUCUCGACACUAUCACAAAUUUCAUUUUCAUUAUUUGGGUAAAUGUUUCAAUGUACAUGUAGGUAUGAGUUGACUGUUUUUAUUUAUCAUUUUAACUGUAAAUAUUGAUUUUAUGUGCAAUAGUCAGAGCUACAGGACUAGUAUGUAAAAGUUCCAGAAAACAUUAUGACCUUAUCCAUUGUAAAUGAAAAGAAAUAAAAGACAUGAAAAUACAA